CCCUGUGAGAUCCAGGUUUGCCCGUUUUGCAGGUUCCCCCCACAGUCAGUCUUAUAACUCCAGGGGCCGCGCUUCAGUCUGCGAAUUAAAAACAUAACUCUAAAAAUCUAUGGAAAUAGGGAAAAAGCAGCGGGCAUUUCUCUGCGCCUCUCAUAUGAGUUUUUGACGCGGGAGGUUGAGCGGCAGCUCGGAGCGCACAGACUGAGCCAUGACUCUGAGCUCGGAGAUGUCGGAUGCCUCCCUCCUUUCGGAAGAGACCGACAUCGACGUGGUCGGCGAAGGCGAGGACGGGGACGGCCGCACGCGCUCCUACGUGGACGAGGUGGCGCAGAUGCGGGACGGCAUCCUCCUGUCCGGCUCUCCUCCUCCCCCCCAAUGCCUGCAGGACGGCCCCACCUCCACCUCCUCCUCCUCCAGGGAUGCCUUCAAACCGGCGGGGAAGAACGCACUGGUGAAGCCUCCUUACUCCUACAUCGCCUUAAUCACCAUGGCCAUCCUGCAGAGCCCCAAGAAGAGGCUGACCCUCAGCGAGAUCUGCGACUUCAUCAGCAACCGCUUUCCCUACUACAGGGAGAAGUUCCCUGCCUGGCAGAACUCCAUCAGACACAACUUGUCUCUGAACGACUGCUUCGUGAAGAUCCCACGGGAGCCCGGGAAUCCAGGGAAGGGCAACUACUGGACUCUGGACCCGGAGUCCGCCGAUAUGUUUGACAACGGGAGCUUUCUGCGGCGGAGGAAGCGCUUCAAGCGGCAGCAGACGCAGGAUUUGCUGCGGGAGCAUAACGGCUUCCUCCCCGCGGCCGCCGCGUACGGAUACGCACCGUACGGCUGCGGCGCGUACGGCAUCCAGCUGCAGUCCUACCACACGCACUCUGCGCUGCUCGCCUUCCAGCAGCAGCAGCAGCCCAGACAUUCCCACACACACAUUCCCUCACCGUCACUGAUGGCCACCAGCACGGACCUUACCAGAAGCAGGUUUUACCCCCAGCUCGGUUCCGGUUUGGGUUCCGCGUCCCCGGCGCAGAAACCGAGCUCUCCGGCGCAGCCGCCGCAGCGCUCCCCUUUCUCCAUUGAGAGCAUCAUCGGAGGCUCGCUGAGCCCCUCCAGGACUCCGCCUGUCAUUGUCCCGGUUUUGCCCUCUUUGGGGAUCCCCAGCCAGACGCAAUCCGUCCACCCAGAAGCAGUUUUAGUCGAAAACUUUCCCAACAGAGUUAUCGGGGGCACUAGCGCCUGUUAAACUAACAAAAAAGUCUUAAAACUGCAAAAAAAACAAUGAUCAAAAAACAUAAACAAACGCUCCUCUUUGAAGGUAGGAUUAUUUUUGUACGUUUGAUUACAGCAGAAUGACGGACAUAAAAAAAAAAAAAAAACACUAUUUGUGCCUAUAUUCAUGCUGUUUAUAUUUAU